AGUCAUGGGCGAAUACGGGGGCAGGCAGAAUUGGGUGGUAACGAAGUUAUCCGUAACAUCCGCAAAUCCGUGGAAUAAAUAGACUCUUCCUCAAGAUAAGGUAUUCAACAAGUUGAAGUUCGCAUCGCAACAUGACUUCUUUAUCAAACCUCCCUCUGCUCUCUGCGAUAACACUGGGGACUUUAGCGUGGUUCACCUCGGCCGCCCCGUUGGCCCAGCUGGACCGUCCGUCGGGAGAGCCUCCGGGUCAGGUGCUUGAAGCCGAGGGGCUGCUCUGCGACUCCCCGGUGUGGGGUGUGUUCAUCGCGUCCACCACGCGUCACAAGAAACAGUUUGAAGAUGAAUUCUCAAUUGAGGCCAAUUAUGACUUUCUGGAACGAACCGAAAUCCCCUCGCCUCCUGCAGGCUGCCCGGUCACCAUCAACAAGGAGGCCUGUCUCUUGAGACUGCUGCAGGGUCUGCAGAAGUAUAAGGUGCUGCUGACGCAUGUGAAGAAGGAGUACCCCGACAAUGCCCUUCUACCGCACAUCAAGUACAACAGUGACCUUCUGAUUCAUCUCAUUAAGGAAAAGAUGAGGCACCCGGAGCGCCUAACAGUGCUCAGUGACACCGAGGCCCAGAGCAUACUGCAAGGUCUGGAAAACACCAACACGUUUCAAAGGAAGGUCACCGCACACAGCAUCCUGCGCAAACUGCACCUGUUCCUGGUUGACAGCAGCCGCGACCUCUGUCGAAAGGAGAAGUUCAAUCAUCAGAGGCCAUAGAGUGGCUCACAAAGUACAGCUCAGCUCAGUCCAAUCAAAGCCAUUAAACCUUCAAUGCUGCUCAGAGUGAUCUACAAGUGGAAAAUUGCCUUUGCUUGUCAAGCAUAAUGAGUUGCGACUGUUAUUUAGGUUAUUUCGUAAAUUUUAAUUUAUGAUAUUUAUGGUGAACAUAUUUGUCUUGUUCUUUGCAUUUUUGAAGUCACUUUUACAAUGGAUCUUUAUAAUGUAUUUCCUUAACUUGAAUGUACUGUAGCCAGUUGUAAGUUAACAUUAUUUAUAUUUCAAUGAUGCAAAUAUAUUUCUAAAUAUUUAUAAAAAAUAUGACUUGUAAAGCAGAAGCUACA